AUGGAAAUCCGGUCCGUGAUUACGUCAACGCUGGGAGAGGACAGCGAGCUGUGUCCUGACUGUGGUCUGCCCCUCCUGUGUGCAGUCACGGCGGAGGUGGAGCGACCAGAACGCUCAGGCGUCCAGCCCGGGGCGAGUGUGUCCCAGAGUUCUGCCAUGUGUCCCGUUAACAGCCACUGGGAUGUGGCCGGUGAUGAGAAGCCCUGGAGGACAACUGGCUGGCCACGCACAAGGGAGGACGCCGAUUGUUUGAGGAGCUUUGACAGGCAGCCUCGUCAGACGCCAGGUUUUCCUGCCGCUGACCUGGCCAGAGAUGGCUUCUCCUCCGCGGGCUUCGGCGACGAAGCUCAGAGGUGCGGGUGUGGGGACGGUUUGAGGACCCGGAGACCAGGUGACCGGCUGACGUCAGAGCGUUGGAGGCUUUUCCCCGCCGGCGUGUCUGUCUCCCACAAGCAGAGAGCCGGGAGCAUUCCCCCCCGCGGCCCCGACACCGUGGACGGGCAGCUGCUGAGCCAGCUGCAGAGGUUGGGCCUGGAGGAGCUGCCCGUCGACCGGGCCAACAACCCCGCCAUGGGGACGGAGGAGGCCAGGCUGAGCACCUUCCAGAACUGGCCAAACGUGGCAGCUGUUGAGCCCCGAACGUUGGCGAGAGCUGGUUUCUUUUACACAGGACACCGGGACAAUGUCAAAUGCUUCUACUGUGACGGUGGAUUACGCAACUGGGAAUCGGGGGACGAUCCUUGGAUGGAGCAUGCAAAAUGGUUCCCACGGUGUGACUACCUGCUGCAGGCGAGAGGCAGCGAGUAUGUGUGCAGUGUGCAGCAGCUACACGCCGACAUCCUGCAGUCAGUGUUUCAGGGCCGCUUGCAGAUCCAGUCGCAGAGACCUUCCACACAAGGAGCUGAAGAGGAAGAAAGAGAGAGGAGGGAGGAGACCAGAGGUGUCGUUCAGAGGCCAAGCGAAUCAGCCCAAACUGGAGCAGAGCGGAGAGAGACGACCCCCACACAGAGAGGUCUGAGUGCUGAAGAACAACUGCGUCGGCUGAAGGAAGAACGGACCUGUAAAGUGUGCAUGGACAAGGAGGUUUCCAUUGUCUUCAUACCUUGUGGACAUCUGGUUGUGUGCGGAGACUGUGCUCCUAACCUCAGGAGGUGCCCUAUAUGUCGAGCUCUCAUUCGAGGCAGUGUUCGAGCCUUCAUGUCCUAACUCUGUAACUCGCUCUACUGUAAAUUCUGAAGUUCCUAGUUUGAAAGCAGACCAUUCUGUCCCUUUGGAGGGUGGGUGGUGUGUAUUGCAAUAUAUUGAUGCCCCAAGGAGUAGUGACAUUGAUUAUCCACUCACUUCACUUCUCAAUCUCUACUGCAUCAUUGUGGGGAACAGCCCAAACACUUCCCAGUCAAACCAUCUACAAAAACAAGGGAGCUUUGGGCCUGGACUAUUCUCAAGCACUUCCUCAGAGUGACCUGGCUUCAGAGCAGCUUCGGUCCUUUUGGCUUGAGAUGGUUAGUGACUCAGAGAGAAAAUGAACAGAGUUUGAACUUUGCUAUUUGUUCUGAAUCUGUAGCUCAUUGUGUCACACCUGCCUUGUUUCCUGGAUGAUGGUGGCACUGUUUUGUGACCACAUGGUUCUGCCUGCAUUUAAGUUCUGUCGGAAGGAGGGAAUUGCUAUUUACCAGCGUGUUAUAGAGAGCAACGUUUUCGGCGCCAGCUACUCAGCGGGCCUGGAGACGGCCGAAGAGUGGAGCCAUUUAUACAAUAAAGCCUUAGACUCGGUUUCUCUGUGAAAUAACUGCCCGCAAUAAACCGUUCAGUAAUUACAGUCUUACGAUCUGUCACUUUUCCUACCAUUGAUUCU